AUGGCUCCGUUCUUCUUCUCCACACCGGUCGAUAUCGAUAUCGUGCUCGAGGAUACCGAUGACCGACAGGCUGUAGACGUCAAGCUCGACAAGGACCGUCGGGAAAAGGCCCCGCUGUACAUGGAUGGAGAGUCCAUCAAGGGUGCCGUCACUGUUCGACCCAAAGAUGGAAAGCGAUUAGAACACACUGGCAUCAAGGUGCAGUUCAUCGGCUCGAUUGAAAUGUUUUUUGACCGUGGUAACCACUACGAAUUCCUUUCUCUUGUUCAAGAGCUUGCGGCCCCCGGCGAGCUCCAGCACCCGCAAACAUUCCCAUUCAACUUCAAAAACGUCGAGAAGCAGUACGAAUCAUACAAUGGCAUCAACGUCAAGCUGCGGUACUUUGUGCGGGUCACAGUUUCUCGACGCAUGGCCGAUGUCAUACGGGAAAAGGAUCUCUGGGUCUACUCAUAUCGUAUGCCACCAGAGACCAACAGCCCGAUCAAAAUGGACGUUGGAAUUGAAGACUGCCUGCACAUUGAGUUUGAGUACUCCAAAUCGCAAUACCACCUCAAAGAUGUCAUCGUCGGCCGGAUAUACUUUCUUUUAGUCCGCCUCAAGAUCAAGCACAUGGAGCUGUCUAUCAUUCGGCGGGAAACUACUGGCGCCGCACCAAACCAGUACAAUGAAAGCGAAACAUUAGUGCGAUUUGAGAUCAUGGACGGAUCGCCAUCACGAGGUGAAACGAUUCCUAUUCGACUGUUCCUUGGCGGUUUCGACUUGACUCCAACGUUCCGCGACGUCAACAAGAAAUACUCGACCAGGUACUAUUUGAGUCUGGUUUUGAUCGACGAAGAUGCCCGACGUUACUUCAAGCAGUCCGAAAUCCUUCUCUACCGACAAGCUCCUGAAAUCGCUCCAACGCCCGAGGUUGCGCAGCAGCAGAUACUGCAGAAACAACAGAUUCAGAGACACCAUCAAGUCCUUGUCGGCCCUAACAAAAACCCUCAGUAUAUCCAACCUCCGCCGCCUGCGCAGCAAGAGGUAGAGCCUGCAGGCUCUGCUUAA